GACGUAACAUUCAUAGAAAUAUGCCUUACAGUUAAUAGUCAGAAGCACGUUGACAUGUUUUAUUUGUAAAAUUUAUUUAAAUAAAACUUAUUCAAUAUGAAUGAAAAGCAGAAAAUACAAUAUUUGAUUGUUGAUACGAGUGCUUUUAUUAGAAAUGCAGCGUUACAGGAUAUUGGCGUUAAUAUAAUUACAGAAGAAGAUGUAGUGAAUGAGGUUAAAAAUAAAAGACAAUUAAGAAGAUUGGUUGUUCUACCAUAUGACUUAUCAAUACAACAUGCACAUUCUGAAAAUAUAAAAUUUGUUACAGAAUUUUCCAAAAAAACUGGUGAUUAUGCCAGUUUGUCAUCAACUGAUAUAAAAGUAAUAGCGUUAACAUAUCAAUUAGAAAAAGAAAAAGUAGGUGUAGAUCAUUUAAAAAGUGAACCAGCAGUAAAAAGAAUUAUAGAUACCAGUGUUGAAAAAGCUGAGGAUCUCAGUAAACCUUUAGCUGGCUUUUAUAUACCACAGAAGAAGGAAAACAAUAAUGAAGAUAAUAUAACAGAACUUAAUUCAGAAGAAUUGCAAGAAAGCAAAUUUAUAGAAGAUAAUAGUAAUAAAAAGAUAGACACAAAUUUGGAAAAUAAUGUAAAAGAUAUUGAUGAUGAAGAAGAUUCAGAAUCUUAUUCCAGCGAAUCUUUUAGUAACCCUGAAUCAGAUUAUGAAACUGCAAAUUCGGAUAUAGACAAUAAAACAGAAGAUUUAUCUACUAAAUUUUCAAAAUUGAACUGUGAAUUGACAGAAUUUGUAGUCCAAGAUAGUAAUAAUAUUGUAUAUGAUGUUGAUAAUGUUCUUGCUCCUAUCAAUGAAAAUAAAAAUGAUAAAAUAGAAAAGCAUGUAAGUAAUGAAGAUGAUAAUGAUGGCGAUAAUGAUGCUGACGACGACGACGACGGCGACGAUGAUGGUGAUGACGAUGAUGACGAUGAUAAUGGCUGGAUUACACCUCAAAAUAUUUGCAGUAUAAAAAAAGAACUUGACUCAGAACUUCUUGAAGAAAAACCUGCAGUUGUUGCAUGUUUAACAAUGGAUUUUGCAAUGCAAAAUGUUUUAAAACAAAUUGGAUUAAAUGUAGUUGCAUUAGAUGGAAGAAUGAUAAAACAAAUGAGAACGUUUAUCCUUAGGUGUUAUGCAUGUUUCAAAACUACUAGUAUUAUGACAAAAGUUUUUUGUCCUAGUUGUGGCAAUAAAACGUUAAAAAAGGUAGCGGUCACAUUAAAUGAAGAAGGGAAACAACAAAUUCAUAUCAAUUUCCGAAAACCGAUUUCAAAAAAAGGGAAACGGUUUUCUUUGCCAACACCAAAAGGUGGGAAACACGCAAACAAUCCUAUUCUUUGUGAAGAUCAACCAUUGCCGGAUCAAAGACCUUCAAGACUUGCACGUACUAAAAAUGACCCUUUGCACGAUGAUUAUGUAGCUGGAUAUUCUCCAUUUAUUAUGCGUGAUGUAUAUUCUAAGUCAGCUAUGUUAGGUAUAAGACCAGAAGGUUCCAUAAAAUAUUGGAUGAGAAGAAAUCCAAAUGAAUGUAGAAGAAAAAAAUAAUUGUUAUAACUUUUGUACUUUAUAUUUUAAACACUGUAAACGUUCUAAAAGUAUACAA